UAUUGGAGGCCAUAACCAGCUUUGAGUGUUUCUUUUGCGUAUUUCUGCGUGUGUGUUUUUGUCACCAAGAGUAGAAUGAAGAAAAAUGGAGAAGAUAAACGCAUUUUCAUAAUUUACUGGCGCCAAAUUGAGUUUUGGGUGAGGCAAAAAAUAGGGGGGUGAUAGAGGGAAAAUAACUAAAUAAAUAAAUAUAUUUAUAUAAAGACAACCACAACUAUUGGGGCGGGCACACAAAUAUAUAAAACUAAUUUAUACAAAAGACUAAAUCGAAUUUUUGUUAAAUUUAUUUAAGAAUGGAUGGAAAAGGAGGAAAAUGUUGAGGAUAUAAAACCGAGUGGAUGCAGUGCUGAUACUUUAGCUGAUUUCUCUCAUUAUAAUACAUAUGCGUCAGCAGCGGCAAGUCUUCGUCCAAUCAUUGAUGGCCAUUCAACUGCUGCCGCUUUAGCAGCUGUAAAUAAUGCCAUAAAUGGUGGGGGAAAUGAUCAGUCUAGUCACCUAAAACGACCUAAACAAGAACCAAGAUUGGGACAAACAAGCGGAAAUAUUUUUCUGUCAGCUGGGAAUAAUUGUUCAUCUUCCUCAACACUUUAUUCCUCAGCUCCAGCGCGUCGCCGACAUAGAACAACAUUCACAGCUGAACAACUUAAUGAACUAGAUAAUACUUUCAACAAUAUAGGCCAUUAUCCAGAUAUUUAUCAGCGAGAAGAGUUGGCACGUUCCACUAAACUUAAUGAAGCUCGUAUUCAGGUAAAUAAAUUUACAAUUUAUGUAGAAUUUGUGUAG